AUGUACCGUGACAUGGAAGAAGAAUUUAAAGCCUUCGACUCAGAACUGGGCCAUAUCCAAAAUAAUCUGUUUCAACUGGCGCCAAUCGACACUGAGACAAUGCAAUCCAGUUUACUUAAAGUGGAAAGCCCCAUCGUCACCGACAGCGGCGGUAACAAGAAACUGGCCCUUCGUUUUGAUGUCAGCAAUUUCAAACCCGACGAAAUCGAAGUAAAAACCAAAGAGAAUGUUCUCUACGUUCACGCUAAACACGAAGAAAAUACGCCAGAAAAGAAAGUGUUUAGGGAAUUCAGCAAACAGUAUAGCCUGCCGAAAAGUGUGGACCCUGCUAAACUCAAGUCGAUGUUAACUAAAGAUGGAGUUCUUCAUAUUGAAGCACCUGCACCCGAAGCGAUCGCUCCGAAACCAGAACUAUAUCUAUUUUAUAUACGUUUUCUUUCUAUCUAUCUAUCUAUCUAUCUAUCUAUCUAUCUAUCUUUCUUUCUUUCUUUCUUUCUUUCUUUCUUCUCUUCGUUAAGCAACAAUAAUAAAUACACAUAUGUAGCGGCCUCUCACCCUCUUAAAGAAUCAGUUUAA